AUGAUUACUCCACGGCAAGGCAACGAUGAAUAUGGCGCUUCCCAAGGUAGCACAUUCAUUGCAGGUACUUUACGAUUCUUGUUUUACAUUUCUUUUAUUCCUUCUUUUUUUUUCUUUCUUUUUUUUUUUUUUAAACCGACGACAGUUCCCAAAAGUCACCGUCACAAGGAUCGACGAAGUGAUGUCGACCCAUCCGUGGCCUACACCGAUCCACCUAAAAAGAAGAAAUGCGGUGGUAAACCAGCUGACGUGUACUUCUUGUUGGACUCGUCUAGCAGUAUCUGGCUGCCUGAUUUUCAGAAGCAAUUGCGCUUCGUCGAGCAAGUGAUCGACCUUCUUAACACUAACAACAGUAAAACUCGCAUCGGCCUGGUGACCUUUAGCAACCAAGUGCGACUGGUAAUGCGGCUCGGCGCGUCCAACAACACGAAGCAGAUCAAAGACAUGCUGAAGCGGCCUGACCUCUAUUUGACAGGUGGUUCCACAGACACGUCUAAAGCAAUCAGUUUUGUGCGCGACGUCGGCUUUAACGCCAAAGAAGCUCGAAGCGGUGUUGCCCAUAUUAUGAUUGUCAUUACCGAUGGCCAGUCAACUGAUCCCAAGGCGACUGCCCACCAAGCGAAACUGGCACAUGACGCCGGCAUUUACGUGUUUGCCAUUGGAAUCGGAAAGGAGGCAGAUUACCAAGAGUUAAAGCAGAUGGCCAGUAACCCGGACGUUAAUUUCGUAUUCAAAGUAGACAUGUACGACGCACUCGAAUCGAUCAAACACAUCUUGGUGAUCAAAACAUGCAAGGUGACGGAAGAGCGACCUAUGCGAAGCCCACCAGCUCUCUUUCCGAAAAGACGGUUGGAUAUUAUGUUUUUGAUGGACGAUUGCCAAUUUGGACGCCAGAAUCUUGAGCUGGUCAAACAAUUCAUUGUCACCGUUAUCAGGGAAAUGCAUGUGGCACCCUACUGGACACGGGUCGGUGUUUUCUCCAGCCAAUGCAGCCAGCAACACAACGACAUUUAUCUGAGCGAACACCGCACAUCGCAGAGUUUUAUCGAUGACUUCGACAAGCCAGAUUCGCACAAUAUAGUGUGGCAGCUGCGUCGUCUACGGCACCAUGCCUUCAACGUAAACAAUGGAGGUCGGGACGAUGUUCCACACAUCGCUGUUACGCGGAAUGUGGCGAGUCUCUCGCUGCUCUAUCGCUCUAUUCUUUUCUUCUUCUUCUUCUUCUUCUUCUUCUUCUUCUUCUUCUUCUUCUUUUUUUCAUUAUUAUUAUUAUUAUUUUUUUGUCUAUAUUUCUGA